UCCAGGAAGUCUUGCUCCUUGGCUGCAUUUGAAGAACGUGACUUGCUAGCCGGAGGAACUGUAGAUUCAUAUUUUACUUCUUGAUAAAUUGGUUUAGAAACUGAAAAUGGGGGAUGAUGAGGAGAAGUACGAUGGGAUGCUGUUGGUAAUGGCGCAACAGCAUGAAGGAGGAGUACAAGAGUUGGUGAACACAUUUUUCAGCUUUUUGCGACGAAAAACCGAUUUCUUCACGGGAGGAGAUACUGGGGCACCUGAGCAGUUGGUAAAAGACUCUUUUGCUCAUCACAGUCGGUUGGCCCUCAAGGCCCACAAAGAUAAACAGUCCAAGGAGGAGAAGGAGAAGAAGGAGAAGGCCGCGCGGGCGGCAAAGCUUGCAGAGGAGGAGGCUAAGAAGAGGAAGGUGGUCGCCGCAGACGAGCCCAGGAUCAAAGAGCUGACUGAUGAGGAGGCUGAGAGGCUGCAGAAUGAAAUUGACCAGAAAAAGAAUGGUGACAAUAAGGAGAAGGAAUCCCCAAAACCUCCAAAGGAAAAAUCUGGAACACCAGAGGAGAAAGCAGAUAAAGGGGCGGACUCUGAGGAAGACGAAGAUGAGAAGGACAACGGAAAGAUGAAGCCAAAUGCUGGUAAUGGUGCAGACCUACCCAGCUACAGGUGGACACAGUCAUUAUCGGAAGUAGACAUCGUGGUGCCUUUUGACGUAAAGUUCCGCAUGAAGGGGAGGGACGUGGUUGUGGACAUGCAAAGAGGUACUCUUAAGGUGGGGCUGAAGGGUCACCCGCCCGUGAUCGACGCGCAACUCUGCAACGACAUCAAGGUGGAAGAGAGCUCCUGGCUCAUCGACGAUGGCAAAGUGGUCACCAUCCACUUAGAGAAGAUCAAUAAAAUGGAGUGGUGGAAUAAGUUGGUGACCACAGACCCAGAGCUCAACACAAAGAAGAUCUGCCCAGAAAACUCCAAGCUGUCUGAUCUGGAUGGGGAGACGCGUAGCAUGGUGGAGAAGAUGAUGUACGACCAGCGACAGAAGUCCAUGGGUCUGCCCACCUCAGAGGAGCAGAAGAAGCAGGAUAUCCUGAAAAAGUUUAUGGAGCAGCACCCUGAGAUGGACUUCUCUAAAGCCAAGUUCAGUUAAAAGCGGCGGAGGCUCACGGCUGGUGCCUGGUCGUCUCUGACUGACCAGCGGAGCGACCAUCUGCUGUGCCUCUCAGUCAGUCAGUGACCACCCACUUCAGCUUCAGGCUGCUUCACCAUGACACACACACAGACCUGGCCUGUUUACACCAUCUCUCUCUCUCUCUCUCUCUCUCUCUCUCUCUCUCCCUCUCUCUCUCUCUCUCUCUCUCUCUCUCUCUCUCUCUCUCUGACACUCUCUCUCUCUCUCUCUCUCUGACUCUCUGGCUCUCUCCCACUGUCUUUUCUCGAUUUCUCCCACUCUAUAUCUUUCCUUCUCUCCCUCUCUCUCCAUCUAUUUCUCUAUUCUCUCUCUCUCCAACACACACACACACACCUCUCUCUUUUUAAUCAGUCUUGGUGUCUACACAGACUUGUUGGACUGAUGUUCUGUUGUUUUCUUUUAAUCGGUUUGUCUUGUUAACGGUCACAUCAACAAAGAAAAGAAAAAACUACUAACCAAAAUGUAACAUUUCAUGGUCUGUUGCAUGGAGAAAUGUGUCUGGAAUAUUUAAAACAUCCUGUUUGGAUCUACAUUUUUGUUUGUGUUCGUGUUCCUUUUUUUUAAAUAAAUAAAUCAAAUCAAACCCUC